AUGAUGCUCCUUCGACUUAGGGAGCGGUUCAGCUGCUGGGCGGGCUUCAGGCUGGUGCUCACACGAAAAGGAAUCGACGCGAUGUGCAAAGCAUACAAGAAGGGGAGAAGGAAGCGGAGAGACGCCGGUGGUGACGAAGCAGAAACUAGCGCAGACGAGAGCAGGGCAGACCCGGGGACUGGGGAGCCGGAGCAGACGGCAUCGGCCGCCGAGGGAACGUUGGGAAGAGGCACGAGGAGGGCGGCGACCUCGACCGACUAUGGAGGACCCCCGUCGCCAGACGACGCAGGGCAGAAGACGGGGCCGGCAGGGCCAGGGGCCCUGCCGCGUAGCGGGGGGAGCGGGUGGGAGCGGGCGGGGACACAUUACUUUUUUUAUUACGAGCUCGUAUGCCACGUCGCCGCCUGA